AUGGCGGCCUCCAAUGUUAGGUUGCGGCUGGAAGAGUUAGGAGAGGGUGUAAAUAAAUGGAAAGUGGGGGUUGUCAUUGGGGUGGGAAUUUUAGGGGUCGCUGGAGUUUGGCUCUAUCGGAAAAGAAGACGAAACACCCUCAACAACGGCAAUGUCAGAGGUCUGCUUGAUUCUAAUCAAAACGCCGAUAUUGCCAAAGGCAAAGCAAGCGAGCCAAAGACAUUACACGAGAAAGCCAUGGAUGCGAAGGCCAAGGGUAACAAGUAUUUUAAGGGUCAGAUGUUUGAGCAAGCCAUUACGUGUUAUUCUGAGGCAAUGGCGCUGUGUCCCGAGGAACACCUACAGGACCUGGCAGCCUGCUACCAAAACAGGGCUGCAGCUUACGAACAGUUGAAAGAUUUCCAGAGUGUUGUGGACGACUGUACGAAAGCUCUUGAAUUAAACAAGCACUACAUCAAAGCCAUGAACCGGCGAUGCAGGGCUUACGAACAACUCAAAUCUUACGAAUCCGCCCUCGAAGAUAUCACGGCGGUGUGUAUUCUAGAGGGCUUUACUAAUCAGGGCAACCUGCUCAUCGCUGAUCGGAUUAUUAAAGAGAUGAGCAAAGUCAAGUGUAGAGAAUUGUACUCGACGAGGAAAGCUAUCCUUCCUUCCAAUUUCUUCGUGAGGAACUACUUCGCUGGCUUCACAAACGACCCGAUUGUAAAUCUGGGCAAUGUUGGAAAGGAGCAGUCACUAGUGAAUGGUGUCGGCGGUAUGGCCCAAGUGAAAUCUGAGGAGACAAUGACAGAAGAAGAAUCUACUCAAGACUCAGUUGAAAACGGGGAGCCUGAGACGGAACAGUUGAGUCCUUAUGAACAGGCCGUGCGUGACCUUGAGAAUAAUCAGUUUGAAGAAAUCCUCGGCCUGUGUGCUGCGGAAAUUGAUCGGUCGGACAGUCCACACGCGGCCAAAGCGUUACUGCUGCGGGCAACAUUCUCUAUUCUCUGCGGUCUUGGAGACCAGGCACUGACCGAUCUGUCCAACCUGCUACAGAUGGAUGGACUUGACCCAAAGAUUGUUGUGAAUGCCUUGAUCAAGCAGGGUACUCUGAAUCUCCAGCGCAGUGAGGAAUUGAUGGCACUGGAGUGUUUCAGCAAAGCCGAGAAGGUGGACCCUAACAACGCAGACAUCUUUCAUCACCGUGGCAUGCAAUAUCUUUUGCAAGAAAAGCCUGACUUAGCCAUUGUCGACUUUGACAGAAGUAUUUCCAUUAGACCGGAUUUCCCCACCUCUAAUAUCCAGAAGUGUUAUGCAGUGCAUCGACAAGCUGUAUUAAAAGAAGAUAGUGAACUGUUGCAAAAAGCUAGCUUGGCCUUCAAGGAUAUACUUCGUAGGUUUCCAAAUUGCUCGGAUGCCUAUACCCUCUAUGGUCAGUCUCUUGCUGACCAAGGCAGAUUCGCAGAAGCAGAUGAUGUCUAUUCUAAAGCAAUGGAACUUGAACCAGAUAACCCUAACACAAAAGUCCAUCGAGGUCUGCUUUAUCUGCAAUGGAAGCAGGACAUGGCGGGUUGUCUCAAGUUGAUCGAAGAAGCGAUCGCGCUCGACCCAAAAUGUGAAUACGCGUACGAGAUUCUCGGCACGCUCAACAUACAGCUAGGCAAAAUGGAUGAAGCGCUGACCAACUUCAAACAGGCGGUAGAAUUUUCAAAGUCGGAAUCGGAAAUGUGUCAUCUGCUGUCGAUGGUUGACGCGGCAACCGUUCAGAUCCGCGUGGCUAAUCGACUGGGACUCACCGUUCCAACGCAUAAUAACCUCUAAUUAUAGUGAAUUAUUAUCUAAUUAUAGAACUCCAACAGCUGUGAAACUUCACCGAUAAGUUCGAGUAAACACCCAUUGAUUGUACACUUUCUGGGUUUGAGAUAAUCAAAACAACGAUGAUACAAAUACAUGGCUCACACUGGAACAAGUUUUGGUUGAGCCAGUUUUGAGAAAUGAAGAGUAUUUCCUUUUGAAAAUCAUGAAAAUGUGCAGUCGCCAGUUGCGAAUUUUAAACACAAUUGGCGAAUUUUAUUUUAAUUUUGCGAAAGAAUUGCAUCUAAUAAUUUGUUGAAAAUAUCUGUGGGUUUCUGCAAUUUUUGGCAUUUUAAUAGAUAAUUUGGCGAAAUUUUCUACACAGCCAGAGCUAGCCCUAAUUUGUUUAAAUUUGAGGAAUGCUUGAUUACCUAAAGUCAAAAUUAUGUAGCCAUUUUGUAUGAGAAUUAGUGCAGUUGGCUAAUUUGGCAAUGGACAGGGUGAACUGUGAAUUAAGUACUGGGCUCUUGGGCUAGGUUGGAAAUUGCACGCUGAAUAUAUGAAGAUCUCAAAUUUGGCAAAUGUAGAGGGCCUGGGCCAUGGCCCAAUUUCACAAAACAUCAUAAGCCUAGUUUUGCAUGUAAACGUAAAUCUACGAUAAACCACAAUUCUUAUUGCUAUUAUUGUUCAACAAAUGUAGUUAGAAGAACAUAUAUUUAAUUUUCUUUUGUCUUUAAAAUACUCCAGCUUCCAUAAUGAUGUAAUUUUCUGCUUGAAUUUGAUGCCAAACACGUGUAAAUGCAUGACUGGUAUAACUGCUACUAGCAGACGUUAACUUGUGAUGUUUAGUGAAAUGGGUUCAUGCCAUUUUGGCUUAGACUGGUGGAGAUUUUUUGAGGCCAUUGCGCCCAGACGACAGGGUAAGAAGGCAAACUUUAACCAGUAUCUUAAAGGCAUAUUGUCACAGACCACUGACCUAUUUAAUGGUCUAACAAAGUAUUACCUGAACAAAAAUAAUUUGAUUUGUCCCUAAAUGUACUUUAUUCAACCAUCUUUAUAACCACCAU